AUGCCGCCCCGACAAGGCCGUCCGCCCAGUGCAGAAUCCCUUCUCCCACCCAUCCUCAACCUCCUUCAACCUCCCAGUCCGAAUCCCUACUCUGCGCAUCAAAAAGCACUCACCACCACGGCUCGUAUCGCUCAUUCAGCUCCCGAUGUGGCCGUUGAGAUCCUCUUUGCGACUGCCAGGGAGCUCCUCAAGCUUGGAGAAGCAGGUAGUGGAGUUGAAUUGGGCUGCAGAAUGAUCAGUAUCAUGGGUGAUGCUUCGGUCCCAGUGGAAGACAAGUCGAGAGCCUCGAUCACUCAACUGCUAGCUCUGACGCCAUCUCACGGCCCUUGGCGCAAAAAGCUUGCUGACGCAGCAAUCAAAUGGUCCCAGAGUUAUGGUUCUUGUCCAACAGGAGAUCCUUCCCUACACCACUACAUCGGCGAGCUGUCUUACAAGGAUCGUCAAUUUGAGCUGGCUGAACAGCAUCUAUUGGCUUCCGGAAAGCGAGACUCAGCGCACUUGCUGGCCGACAUGAUGUUCGAGUGGUGCGAAAAGGGAUCGCUUGAUCCUGGACCAUACGCGAUUCGAGGCACACUCCCUUUCCUCACAAGCUCUCCGCCUUCUAUCCUCCCCGCUAUUACCUUCCUAACCCGCUUCUUAUCCCUUCUCUCCUCACCUCAGUCACCCUUCCACAAAUCGAUCAUCUCUGCGCUUCCCUCUCAGACCACCUUCUCUGUAGCCGAGAUUCAAGUCACCGCUUCGCCAACACUCAACUUUUUGCAAUUGGCUUUGAUAACGAUCCAGCGGGCUUCCGCAAAAGGAGUGAGCGCUGUUCAAGCCCGAGGGAUGGACGGUGGUAUCGGCAAAGAGUGGGAACAACUCGUUGGUCGGUACAUGCGAAGCAGCGGCGCAAGCGGAGUGAUUGGGCAGAAGGAUGUGCAUGAGGCUCUCAGUCAAAUCUCUCAUAAUGUCUUCUUGAUACCUGCUCGAGGCGGUCAAGGAGGCAAUGACCUGCUCCAGAAUCUUAUGGGAUCGUUGUUCGGUGGGGGUCGCUGA